CAGGGAUCCUUAAUGGAAAAAAAAUCAAAUUCUUAUCUGUUCUUAAAUAGUUAGUCGAAUAGAUCAUCUGAAAUUAUAAUAAUUAUAUAUUCUAUUACGGGCUAUAGGUAGCCUACUUGUAGCUGAGCUCUUCAGCUGGCCAGGCUACACUAAGGCUGGGCUAUGCUAUAGGACUCACGACUAGAGGGUACCGUUUGCUCGAAUAUGCCACGAGUACUAUGCCAAGAGUAUAAAGUACGGGUAAAGGGAAUACACCACAAACUGGUAUUCGACACGGGUAAAGGGAAUUCUCUUUACGUGGGUACUCUGUGCCUCGUUACCAGUCUUUCCUGUUGCUCGGUCAUCGUUGUCAUCUGAGUGCAGAAGCUUCUGAAACCUGAACAUUUUGACAUGGAUUCCAUAAAAUUCCAGCAAGCUUUGCAAAUAAUUGGAGGUGCAUUCCUUGCCUAUAAAGGUCUGAACUUUCUGCUCACCGUGCUUAGCGGCAUCCGUGCAUUUGUUCUGCCAUCUCUUGGAUUCAGAAAAGACAUCAAAUCCUUCGGAAGUUGGGCAGUUGUGACUGGAUGCACAGAUGGAAUAGGAAAAUCCUUCGCUUAUCAGCUUGCUGCACAAGGAAUAAACCUGAUUCUCAUCAGUAGAACAAAGGAGAAGCUGGAAAACAUGGAAGCCGAGAUAAAAUCGGCAUACAAGGUUGAUACACGCAUCAUAGCCUUGGACUUUAGUGGCAGUGCUGAUAUCUAUGAGGGUCUGGAUGUGAAACUUGGAGGCUUAGAUAUUGGGAUUUUGGUAAACAAUGUUGGUGUUUCUCACUAUCCAGAGUUCUUUACAAAUAUGAAAAGAGAGGAUUGUUGGAAGAUGAUAAAUGUUAAUGACUUAUCUGUUAUCAUGAUGACCCAUAUAAUUCUUCCUGGAAUGGUGUCAAGGGGGAAGGGGCUGGUACUUAAUUUGUCCUCUGGAGCUGGCUUAGAACCAAGGCCCUUGCUUUCUGUUUACUCGUCCUGCAAAGCAUUUGUGGAUUUCUUUAGCUGUUGUCUGCAUGACGAAUAUUCUGGUAAAGGGAUCAUUGUUCAGUCUGUCAUGCCACUUUAUGUCGCUACUAAAAUGAGCAGGAUCCGCAAACCUAAUUUGUUUGUACCCGGCCCAGAUGAGUAUGUGAAACAAGUUUUAGGAACAGUAGGGGUGCAAUCUCGCACCAAUGGGUGCUGGAGCCAUGCCCUUCAGGCUUACAUUGCGAACCUUCUACCCAAAUGGGUACGAGACAAGCUGUCGUGGAACAUGAUGACAGCUCGGAGGCGGGCCGCACUCAAGAGAAUAAGGGCGUCACAGGAACAAGCCGGGAAAGCAGGCCACAAGGACUAAGCACGUGUUGAUAUAUACAUUACUCAAUGUCUGUGCGUACAAGGCUGUAGUAUCCGUCAUCUUUCUUUUAACAUUUAGCUUAGCAUCUCACUUAUACAUUUUAAAGCCGCAUUGUCACCAGUUUACUUCCGGUCGAUUACGCAACAAUCUCCGAUGAUUUUUAACGGAAAACGCGAAAAAUAUUUCAAAAUAUUGAAAGCAGUUUUUCUAUUGCAAGUUUCUUCGAGGAUGUGAUUGAUAAUUUAGAGCGGAUUGCAUGUUAAAUAUCUCGGAUUCUAAUAGAUCCUUUUGUCUUUUAACGGUCGAGGUUUCCGUCGGACCUCCGGAAGUGAACUGGGGACAAUGCGUACACUCCCUUCAGACACGAACAAGCGGUCUUUUUCGUUUUACAGGACUUGUGAGCAUCUUCAUUAAAAAUAUCCUAACUUUA